GCGGCCUCCAGGGAGCCGCUGCCACCUCUGCUAACGCCGCCGCUGCCACCCGGCUUCUCAGAGCGGGCGGCUGUUGCCAUCCGCUGUCCCCAGGAGGGCAGACUCGGGGCAGGGCCUUCGCCACUUUUGUGCUUUGCUCAAGAUGUGAGUUCAUCCUCUCGCUUCUGGAGAAGAUGCAGACACAGGAGAUCCUGAGGUUGCUGCGGCUGCCCGAGCUGGGGGACUUGGGCCAGUUUUUCCGCAGCCUCUCAGCUACCACCCUCGUGAGUGUGGGUGCUCUGGCUGCUAUCCUCGCCUACUGGUUCACGCACCGGCCAAAGGCCUUGCAACCACCAUGCAACCUCCUGAUGCAGUCAGAGGAAGUGGAGGGCAGUGGUGGGGCCCGGCGAUCUGUGAUCGGGGAUGGCCCUCAGUUGCUCACCCACUACUAUGAUGAUGCCAGGACCAUGUACCAGGUGUUCCGCCGCGGGCUCAGCAUCUCAGGGAAUGGACCCUGUCUUGGUUUCAGGAAGCCGAAGCAACCUUAUCAGUGGCUGUCCUACCAGGAGGUGGCUGACAGAGCUGAAUUUCUAGGGUCUGGACUUCUCCAACACAAUUGUAAACCAAGUACAGAUCAGUUUAUUGGCGUUUUUGCUCAAAAUCGGCCAGAGUGGAUCAUCGCAGAGCUUGCCUGCUACACAUAUUCUAUGGUGGUGGUCCCGCUCUAUGACACUCUGGGCCCUGGUGCUAUCCGCUACAUCAUCAGGACAGCUGACAUCAGCACCGUAGUCGUGGACAAACCUCAGAAGGCUGUGCUGCUGCUGGAACAUGUGGAGAGGAAGGAGACUCCAGGGCUCAAGCUCAUCAUCAUCAUGGAACCGUUUGAGGAAGCUCUGAAAGACAGAGGGCAGGAGUGCGGUGUGGUCAUUAAGUCCAUGCAGGCUGUGGAGGAGUGUGGCCAACAGAAUCACCAGGCUCCUGUGCCCCCGAAGCCCAGCGACCUCUCCAUUGUGUGUUUCACAAGCGGCACAACAGGAAACCCAAAAGGUGCGAUGCUCACCCAUGGGAACGUGGUGGCUGAUUUCUCAGGCUUUCUGAAAGUGACAGAGAAAGUGAUCUUUCCGAGACAGGACGAUGUGCUCAUCUCCUUCCUGCCUCUGGCUCACAUGUUUGAGAGAGUGAUCCAGUCUGUUGUCUACUGCCAUGGGGGACGCGUCGGCUUCUUUCAGGGAGACAUACGUCUCCUCUCAGAUGACAUGAAGGCUCUGCACCCCACCAUUUUCCCUGUGGUUCCUAGAUUGCUGAACCGGAUGUAUGACAAGAUCUUCAGCCAGGCAGACACACCAUUAAAGCGCUGGCUCUUGGAGUUUGCAGCAAAACGUAAACAAGCUGAGGUCCGGAGCGGAAUCAUUAGGAAUGAUAGUAUCUGGGAUGAACUCUUCUUUAAUAAGAUUCAGGCCAGUCUUGGUGGUUGUGUGCGGAUGAUCGUCACUGGAGCAGCCCCCGCGUCCCCAGCGGUGCUGGGAUUCCUCAGGGCAGCUCUGGGGUGCCAGGUUUAUGAAGGUUACGGCCAAACUGAGUGUACAGCUGGGUGUACCUUCACCACACCCGGGGACUGGACCUCAGGGCACGUAGGGGCACCUCUCCCCUGCAAUCAUAUCAAGCUUAUCGAUGUCGAGGAACUGAACUAUUGGACCUCCAAAGGAGAGGGAGAGAUAUGUGUGAGAGGACCAAAUGUGUUCAAAGGUUACUUGAAAGAUCCAGACAGGACAAAGGAAGCCCUGGACAGCGACGGCUGGCUGCACACUGGGGACAUUGGGAAGUGGCUGCCGGCAGGGACUCUUAAAGUUAUUGAUCGGAAGAAGCAUAUAUUUAAGCUUGCUCAGGGAGAAUAUGUGGCGCCUGAGAAGAUUGAGAACAUCUAUAUCCGGAGUGAGCCUGUGGCACAAAUCUAUGUCCAUGGGGACAGCUUAAAGGCCUUUUUGGUGGGUAUUGUUGUGCCAGACCCUGAAGUCAUGCCCUCUUGGGCCCAGAAGAGAGGAAUUGAAGGGUCAUACGCAGAGCUCUGUGCAAAUAAGGAGCUGAAAAAAGCCAUUUUGGAAGAUAUGGUGAGGUUAGGAAAACAGAGUGGACUCCAUUCGUUUGAACAGGUUAAAGCCAUUUACAUCCACUCUGACAUGUUCUCAGUUCAGAAUGGCUUGCUGACACCAACACUAAAGGCUAAGAGACCUGAGCUGAGAGAGUACUUCAAAAAACAAAUAGAAGAGCUUUACUCAAUCUCCAUGUGAAGUUCCAGGAAAGUUCUUCUCAGUAUAAUGGACUGUGUAGCAAUACUGUAGUUACUCUUGAAAGUAAUGAAUCAGAAUGAUGCAGCUGAAAAUGAAUAAGCACGUGAGCUUAUGAUUGAGCCUUUUCCUGUCCCAAGAGGUCUUUAACAAUAUUUUCUCUAUCAUCACUGAGUACACUUUAUUUUUAUUAAAAUGAUAUUGUAACAGGCUGCUAAAAAUAUCACAGAUGGCAAUGUAAAAAUCAAGACUUUUCUCAAGGACUGUGUACCACUAAAAGUAAUAUAUUCUCAAUGUUCACAGAACUAUUAAACAUAAAGGAAAAACAUAACUGAUAUACUGUACUUAAUUAUUUGUGGAAUAGUAACCAGAUAGUAACCAGAUACAGCAAAUUUCUAGACAAUGUGGACUACCUCAUUCAAUAACUGAUUGUCAAAAUCACAGUUAAAUCAGACUUAAAACAUUAAAACUAUGUGUACAGAAUCAUGCUAAAACAAAACAUAAUGCACAUUCUGCAUAACUUCACAGUCUUUAUACAUGACAAUUCUUAUUGAUGUAAUCAAGUUUUCCCUCUCAUUUUUACUUUUAUUCAUGAAAAAUGCAAAUUCAGAUAUUCUUGAAACAAAUGUUAUAUUUAUAUAACAUUUUACAAAGAUCUUUCAAUACAUUUUCUCAUUAAACUCAUUAAAAUUUCAGGAACUACCUAGGAAAAAAAUGUACAAAGACUUCAAGGAUAAUAUGUAUAUAUCCGUGGACUUCUUACAAGUGAAUUCUAAAAGAUCUCUGUUGACUGAUUGCGCAAUGAAUGGACCUUUGGGGAAGACUUGGGAAAAGAAAUCCAGAAUUAUUUCUCAGGAUAGACAGCAAUUAAUGUCCCUAUGUUCCUUGCUGGGUUCUUCAGGCCUUCCAUUCUCAAUAUGUCCAUGCCAGGCCUGGGAAACCCAAUAUGGCUAUGAUCCUGAACAAGGGGAGGAGGGAAUGUUAUUUCCAAAGAAAACAGGUUUCAACAACUUAAUUUUGAAGAACUUCUUCAAAAUACCCAUAGAAGACUUUUAAGUCCAUCAUAGAUAAAUAUCUCAUAGGGCAUAAUUCCAUUCAUAAAAUCCUUAAAUGCUUCUAAGCUUAACCGUGGAAACCUCCUUUCUUGCAUCAUGUGUUUAGAUACUUCUUGCACCUGAGUGCCGACAAUCUCAUAUAAUUAAAGCCAGCAUGGAUAGCAGUUAAGUUCCAAGCUACAGACUGUGCAUCUGCUCAAGGAACCAUCCCUAGGCAAGUGUUUUCUUCUGUAGAGACAGGACUCCGCAAGCAGACAUGGAGGUGUAGUGCUCACAGUCCAGAAGUUCCUCUCUGCUGGAGCAAAUCCAAGCUGUAAAUAAAUGCUAUUGGUU